AUGAGCCAGCGUAAUCAGACCACCUCGUCAGGUCGGCUGAACGGCCUACAAUAUUCCUUUGGAACCAGUGGCACUGGUCAUUCGUUCACAUGGAGCCCUCCGGCCUCUUCUGGGUCUCAGAACCAACUCAACCAUGAGGAGUUGCCCCAUGAAAAGCGUCGAAGGCUCAAUGAGGUCCAGGUCAACUUUGAAGCGGAAGGAGUCGCCAAAAUCCGGCUUGGCGAGGACAUGACGCUUGACUUCACAUCGAAUCACAGAGAGGCAAAGAAAAAGCUUUCAGACGUUGAAGCUGAGCGAGACCAGCUUCUAGAGCGGCUUGACGAGACUAGCAAGAGCCACGAGAAGGCUCUUUCGAAUGUCAAAUCUGAGCGAGAAGAGUCUGUUCGUUAUCUUCGUGAAGCUAGAUUGCUUUACGACAAUAAUACUUCCACCAUAAGAGCUGAGAUGAAACAGCUUCAGCAGCAGCUAAAACAGGCCAUAAAAGACAACAAGAUCGCCGAGAGGGAACUAGAAGAUGCGGAGGAUGAAGAACCAUCAGACACCUACGAGACGACCACAGCAAGACGCUUGCACGUAACAAUAAGACGAUCGCUAAUCUUAAGAAGGAGCUUCAGAGCUCUCAAGACAAUCAUCGAGCUGCCUCGGGCUCAUUGAAGAUGCGCGAGAGGGAACUCCAGGCUUGUCGCGAUAUCAAUGCCAAGAUAAUCGACGGACUUCGUAAGUCCAAUACGAAAUACAUUGGCGAGAGUGUUAGCCUGCGGGCCAAGAUGACAGAGCUCCUGGAUGCCCUAGACAAGCAGAAAGAAAAC